AUGACCUCUCUUGCGAUAGCUCCAAUCUUCUCGUUGGUGGCUCCAAGGUUCCAGUUCAAAGGAGCAAACAAGAGAGGCAUUCCGGUCUCAAGAGACCCUGAAGCUCUCUUAGCCAAGUACUCUGACCCGUUAGUCUACACCGGUCCAAUAAGAGUCCGAACAGGCCAUGAGAUUCUCCGAAUAACAGGUUACUUGACCCGGAACUUCAAAUCCAUUACAGUUCCGUUCUUUGUCCUCCAUGGUACAGAGGACAAAGUCACUGAUCCACUAGCGUCACAAGAUUUGUAUAACCAGGCACCAUCAGUGUUUAAAGACAUCAAGCUCUAUGAAGGUUUCUUACACGACCUUCUCUUUGAACCUGAGCGUGAGGAAGUUGGUCGCGAUAUCAUAGAUUGGAUGAUGAAGCGGCUCGAUGAUGUUAUUGGAUCAUCCGCUGGCCUAUGGUGA